AUGGCACAAAGCUUACGAUUGCACUUUGCAGCCAGAAGAAGCAAUACUUAUCCUGUGUCAGAAACCUCUGGAGAUGAUUCGGAUAGCAGUGUUCACAUGUGCUUCACGAGACCAACACGGACUUCAACGUCUAACGUGGUUCAAAUGAAGCUGACUCCCAGACAGACUACACUACCUCCGUUAAUAAAGGAAAACGUUCAGUCUCAGGAAGGAUCAUCUGUUCCUUCACCUGAAAAUGUUAAUAAAAAGAGCAGCUGUCUGCAGAUUUCACUACAGCCAACAAGGUACAGUGGAUGUCUUCAGUCUGGCAAUGUCUUAGCUGAUGGUAAUGAUGCUUCAUUUACUUGUGUCUUGAAGGAUGGCAGUGCUGUGGUUGAUAAUGAACUGAAUGCUGUGGAUGAUGGUAACCUCUUGAGCAGUCCUGCCAUUUGCAGUGGUAGCCUUAGUCACUUCUCAGCCAGUGAGAAUGGGUCUUAUAGCAGCAACGGUAGUGAUUAUGGGUCAUGCACAAGUAUCACCAGUGGAGGUUCAUACACCAACAGUAUCAUCAGUGAUAGCAGUGGUUAUACUUUUCCACCAACUGAUGAUACCUUUUUUGGUGGAAAUUCAUCUUCUCACAGCAUCUCCAAUAGAAGUUUGCCAAACAGGAAUACUACUCCAUGUGAAAUUGUUUCGAGAAGUAGAAGUACAGUUCCCUUUGUCCAGCAUGACCUGGAUCGUGGACUAGAGAUUAUGAAAUUGCCAGUGAGCAGGAACUUGAAAAUUCCACUAAAACGUUGUUCAUCCUUAGUCAUUUUUCCUAAGAGUCCUUCAAAUACCCCACCAACUUCUCUAACAAGUACAGGUACUCCUCCAAGCAAAGGAUCCUAUCAGACCUCACACCAGUUUAUUAUUUCUCCUAGUGAAAUUGCCCACAAUGAAGAUGGCAGUAGUGCUAAGGGAUUUCUUUCAACAGCUGUCAAUGGACUUCGGUUAUCUAAAACAAUCUGUACUCCCAGAGAAGUAAGAGACAUACGACCUCUUCACAGCUCAUUACAAAAGAAAAUUGUUAUUGCAAAUAAUAGUCCAAAUCAGACUGUCUGUGAAAAGUCAUCUGAAGGAUAUUCUUGCGUUUCAGUGCAUUUCACCCAACAAAAAGCAACUGCAUUAGAUUGUGAAACAGCAAAUGGUGAUUGUAGACCAGAGAUGUCAGAAAUUAAGCUUAAUUCUGAUUCAGAGUAUAUUAAGCUUAUGCACAGGACAUCUGCAUGUUUACCAUCUUCCCAAAAUGUAGAUUAUCAAAUAAAUAUCAAUGGACAGUUGGAAAGACCACAUUUACAGAUAAACAAAAACCAUGCUCUUUUACAAAGAAGUAUUUCAUUGGGAGGAACUUAUCCAAAUGUUUCCUGUUUAUCCAGCCUUAAGCACAAUUGUUCUAAGGGGGGACCAUCUCAAUUACUCAUAAAGUUUGCAUCUAGAAAUGAAGGUAAAGUUGAUAAUUUAACAAGAGACAGCAACAGAGAUUUCACAAAUGAACUAUCUAAUUCUUUACAGCAUUCUUGUAAG